GAUUUUUGCCUUCUUGGAGAAACAGUAGAAAAUGCAAAACGAAAUAAUAAAGCCUGCUAAAUACUUCUCAGAAGUGGAGAAGAGUGUGCUGCUUGCAUUAGUUGAAAAAUACAAAUACGUGCUUGAAUGUAAAAAAAGUGAUGCAAGAACUAUUGCUCUGAAACAACGUACCUGGCAAGCACUAGCUCAUGAAUAUAAUUCACAGCCCAGUGUAUCGCUGCGAGACUUCAAACAGUUAAAGAAAUGCUGGGAAAAUAUCAAGGCACGGACAAAAAAGAUAAUGGCACAUGAAAGGCGGGAGAAGGUAAAGAGAAGUAUUAGUCCACUUAUAAAUACUCACUUUUUAGAGAAGAUUGCCAGCAUAAUGCCUGAGCAAAUGUACUUUUUGCAGACCCCACCAGAAGAAGAUUCUGAAUAUCAGCCUGAUGCUUCUAGUCAAGAGUCAUUUGUUGUCUCCAGUAGAGAACUCUGUGAUGAAGAGAAAGAGCUGGUACAUUUCCCAGUAUGUGAAGGUACCUCCCAACCUGAGCCUUCGUGUUCUGAUGUCAGAAUAGCAGCAGAUAAAAACUACAGAAGUAAAGCAUCUCAGGAAAGUGCUCUGAAAAAGAUGCAUGAGGAAGAACAUCAUCAGCAAAUGUCAAUUUUGCAACUGCAAUUAAUCCAAAUGAAUGAAGUCCAUGUGGCAAAAAUACAGCAAAUAGAAAGAGAGUGUGAGAUGGCUGAAGAGGAACACAGGAUAAAAAUGGAAGUGCUAAAUAAAAAGAAAAUGUAUUGGGAGAGAAAACUGCAGACCAUCACAAAAGAAUGGCCUGUAUCGUCCUUUAACAGGCCCUUUCCUAAUUCACCGUAGAACAUAAAGGGGCA